UGUGUUGACGCGUCCAAAAAUCAUCCUUUCAAUUUAACUAAACCGACAACAAGUGACUUAAUCCCUGAAACUUUGGAAACCCUUUCUUCUCAAUUGCGCAUUCUUCAUCAAAAACCCACAAAGAUAAAACCACUCUUUCUCAAUUAAUCAGUUCCUAUUUCUCUUUCUCCAACCAAAAUCAAUAACAAACAAAAACUCAAAACCUUCUCAAACGACCCAAUGACCUCAAAGCUAGUUGCUUCCACUCUCCGUCAACAUCUCACCAAAAAUACAAAUCUCCUCCGCCGCCACCCACUUUCCACAGCCACCGCAGCAGCCUUAACGGCGGAACCCCAAACCCAUGAAGAAACCGGUGGAAUCACGAUGAAGGGUGUCAAAAUCUCCGGCAGACCCCUUUACCUAGACGUUCAAGCCACGUCACCUGUUGACCCUCGUGUCCUCGACGCUAUGCUUCCUUUCUAUCUCUCUCGCUAUGGAAACCCUCACUCUCGCACUCAUUUCUACGGUUGGGAAUCCGAUAACGCCGUCGAACACGCUCGUUCUCAGGUGGCUUCUCUCAUCGGAGCUUCACCUAAAGAAAUCGUUUUUACCUCCGGUGCUACUGAAUCCAACAAUAUUUCGAUCAAGGGUGUUAUGCAUUUCUACAAGGAGAAGAAAAAACACGUGAUAACCACGCAAACGGAACAUAAGUGUGUUCUUGAUUCUUGUCGUCAUCUUCAACAGGAGGGUUUUGAUGUUACUUAUCUUCCUGUUGAGUCUGAUGGGUUGGUUGAUUUGGAGAAGCUUAGGGAUUCUAUUAGGCCUGAUACUGGUCUUGUUUCUGUUAUGGCUGUGAAUAAUGAGAUUGGUGUUGUUCAACCUAUGGAGGAAAUUGGAAAGAUUUGUAAGGAGUUUAAUGUUCCUUUUCAUACUGAUGCAGCUCAAGCUUUAGGGAAGAUUCAUGUUGAUGUUGAUAAGUGGAACGUGAGUUUGAUGUCGUUGAGUGGUCAUAAGAUUUAUGGGCCAAAAGGGGUUGGAGCUUUGUAUCUUAGGAGGAGACCUAGGAUUCGUGUCGAGCCUCAGAUGAAUGGUGGUGGACAAGAGAGAGGGAUUCGGAGCGGGACUUUGGCUACACCUUUGGUUGUUGGAAUGGGUGCUGCUUGUGAGGUUGCUAUGAAGGAAAUGGAAUAUGAUGAGAAGAGGAUUUCAGCGUUGCAGCAACGGUUGCUUAAUGGGAUUAGAGAGAAACUUGAUGGGGUGGUUGUGAAUGGAAGUAUGGAAAGGCGAUAUGUUGGGAAUCUCAAUUUGUCGUUUGCUUAUGUUGAAGGGGAGAGUUUGCUUAUGGGGUUGAAGGAGGUUGCUGUGUCUAGUGGUAGUGCUUGUACUAGUGCUAGUUUAGAGCCUUCUUAUGUUUUGAGGGCAUUGGGAGUGGAAGAGGAUAUGGCUCAUACUUCUAUUAGGUUUGGUAUUGGGAGGUUCACUACCGAGGCUGAAAUUGAUAGGGCGGUUCAUCUCACGGUUCAACAGGUCGAGAAGCUGAGGGAAAUGAGUCCACUUUAUGAAAUGGUGAAGGAAGGCAUCAACAUCAAGGAUAUUCAAUGGUCACAGCACUGAUUAUUGAGUGCAGCAAGCAUGGAAGCUAAUUGGGAAUGCCUUGGCUAUUAUUGAUGUCAUGGGACAUUAUGGUAUCUUGGAGAAUGUUAUUCCUUCAUCAAGUCUCCAACUAAUGUUAUACCUUGAAGUACAAGAAUAGCAGUGGGCUUCUUUUGUUAAAUGAAGAGAAUUUAAAUUUAAAAAAUUGUGCAAGCCGAGCUUGAGUGAUUUGGUGAAAAUUGUAAUGGUGAGGCUGAGGCUCUGCAGCUGUCUACUGUAUUUUAAGUGAAUGAAACAACUUAACACAACUUGUGAACACAUUUCGCAUUUUCUAUUAUGAUUAAGAUCAAAUAAGAACAGAGUCUAUGAUUCUACAUCUA